AUGAAGUCGAAGGACCUCCCCAACGAAAUCGCGGAGACCAAAACCGAUAUAAAAAAGGAAAACGUAUUGGUAGAAUAUGGCACGACCGAAACACUUUCUCCAGAAGAUGAGAAGAAAUUGAUCAGGAAAAUUGAUUGGCAUCUAAUGCCUAUCUUAAUCACCUCUUACGGCCUUCAGUAUCUCGACAAAACCAGCCUCGCAUACAGUGCGAUACUCGGACUUCGUGAAGAUCUUAACCUUGUUGGCCAACAAUAUAGUUGGUCUUCCAGCAUUUUCUAUAUCGGCUAUCUUGUCGCAUCCUACCCAAUCUCACUUGGCUUCGUGCGAUUUCCAUUGGGAAAGUAUCUCAGCGUGUUAAUUUUCCUCUGGGGUGUUGUUUUGACCCUCCAUGCUGUGACCAAUGACUAUGCAAGUCUCAUGGCACUGCGGGCGCUUCUAGGUGUAUUCGAGAGCGCUAUUAGUCCCGGAUUCUCCCUAAUUACGGGGAUGUGGAAUGCGAUUGCCAGCAUAAUCGGGACUUUGAUUGCCUAUGGCCUUUUGAGUUAUGAGGGAAGCUUACCUCAAUGGAAGCUUCUGUUCCUCCUUUUCGGCCUCAUUACUGUCUCCUGGUCAAUCGUGACUUUUUUCUACUUACCAGACUCCCCGCAAACCGCCCGCUUUCUUUCGGCUUCUGAACGGGAGUUUGCCGCCCUACGUCCAUACAAGUUCCAAAAAACUACACAAACCAAGUCCUGGGACCGGGGGCAGUUCGUAGAGGCCCUAAAGGAUGUCAAGUCAUGGUGGUUCUUCCUCUUCUCGUUUGUCAUUUGUGUGCCUAAUGGAGGCACGACAAGCUUCAAUACCCUAAUUAUUAAUGGUUUCGGCUACGACAAGUUCCACACAAUCCUGAUGGGACUACCCGCAUCUGCCUUCCAGCUAGCCACGGUUCUUCUAUCAGCCGUCCUAAGUUCCACGAUUCGGAAAUCCCGUCUGAUCAACCUCGUCUUCAUAUUCCUGAUGGCAAUGGCUGGAAUUCUCAUGGUGAAGCUCAUACCAUCCUCUGACAAGUUAUCACGACUCGCUGGAUUCUGGCUGGUCAUGGCAGUUGCGCCGGCAUUUCCGUUGAUGUUAUCACUGGCAGCGAGUAACAUCGCUGGCUUCACAAAGAAAUCGACCGUCAUGGCCAUGAUAUUCCUUGGCUAUUGCGCGGGGAAUCUGGCCGGCCCGCAGUUCUUCAUUUCGGAGGAAGCACCUAACUACCACACCGCUUAUACUACGAUCCUGGCUUGCUACGCGAUUACUAUCGGGCUAGUCAUCGUAUUUCGAUUCUACCUUAUGUGGGGAGAACGCUCGUCGGGAUAA